GUUUCCACCGAGGGUUUAAACCAAAUCAAAAUAACAGAAAAGAAAAUGGAAGAGACUAAUUGCGAGCCUGUAUAUCAAGGAUACUUCAUAGGUCAUAGCAAUGCAGUUACUGCUUUAAACUUUCAUCCAAAUGCUGAUCAACUCAUAUCAAGCAGUAUGGAUAACACAGUAAUGUUAUGGCGAUUGAAACAUUUAAAGCCAGCUUACAAGUUUAUAGCCCACAAAGAGGCAGUCUUAGAUGUGUGCUAUUCAUCAAACGGAGAAGUUAUGGCCAGUGGUUCAAAAGACAGAUCUGUAAGAAUUUGGAUUCCUAAAGUUAAAGGACAUUCCUUUGACUUUAAGGCUCAUAGUUCUGCUGUGAGAUCAGUACAGUUUAGUCCAAAUGGGGAAAAAUUAGUUACUGCAUCGAAUGAUAAAAGUGUAAAGCUGUGGAUACCAUAUCAAAAAAAAUUCCUCAAGACAUUUAAUGGACAUACAUAUUGGGUAAGCUGUGCUAAAUUUUCUCCGGAUGGUAAACUUUUGAUAUCAUGUAGCGAUGACAAAACAAUAAAAGUCUGGGAUAUUACCAGCGGACGAUGUGUCAAAACUUUUAAUGAGAUAAAAGCUCCUGCUAAAUAUGUGGAGUUUCAUCCAAGCGGCACGACUAUUGGAUCAGCAAAUACAGAUGCAUGUGUCAAAUUGUACGAUUUAAGAACAGAUUCUUUAUGUCAGCAUUAUGCUGUUCAUACAGAAUCUGUGAAUAUGAUUAAAUUCCAUCCAAAUGGUAAAUUUAUAUUAACAGCAUCUGUAGAUUCUACAAUGAAGAUUUUAGAUAUCCUAGAAGGCCGUCCAAUUUAUACUCUCAGAGGACAUUGUACUAGCAUAACAUCCAUAACAUUUUCAAAAGAUGGUACACUUUUUGCUUCUGGUGGCAUUGAUCGACGAAUUCUAAUAUGGAAGUAUAAUUUAUGUGUGGAUGACCAAAGUAGAGAAAUUCCUGCACAGUUAACGUCUACAACGAACAGGAAUUUGAAUCUCGAGCGAAUCUCUAGCAAACAAAAAUUUGACUGUGGAAAGAUCGAACAAGUACAAGAUAUACAUAACAAGCAGAAUCAAGAGAAAAUAAUAACUUAA